AUGACGAUUUUGGCGGCAAAUAAGAUACACGAAAUUAACUAUUUAACCGAAAUGUUUAGGGAUUUUAAUGAAUUUGAAGAAAAUCCCCCGCCAUCGCUGGAUGUGCCAAUUGCUGUUAUAGUCAUUUCUUUGGUUAUGCUCAUUAUAACUGGUCUAAUGAUUUUGGGAAUUAUUAAGGAACGUCUAUUAUUUAUAGCUCCCUGGUUAAUACUUUUCAGUUUUGGAGUCAUUGGCGAAAUUAUAUUCUUUGUACAUCAAUUAAUACGAUAUUUUUCUCUUGAACUAUUAUUAUAUAUAUUGUGUAUACUGGGCAUACAACUACUAAUCAUAUCACCCAUUGCCAUGAUAUUCCAUGGUAUACGUUGUAAGAAUAGAGUAAAACAUUUUUUGGUUUCGAAUUUACAACAUGAAGUUCGAACCAAUCCAGAUCCAACUGCUCCAAAACAAAGUAUUUAAAAACUAAUGUCUUAAUUGUUAUCUUCAUUCUAUAAUAUUGUUACGUUUUUACAUUUUAAAAACGGUGGUUUAUUUACUUUAAAUAAACCUAAUUCUUUUGAUUGAAAAUAAAAGCGAUCAGUAGUUUAAAA